AAGCGUUUACUGAAACCAUAACGCCAAAAAUGCAUUUCAACAAUCGUUAUCGAAAGCAAAUACCCAAAACGGUAGUGGUAAUAUCGAACGUUCAUCGCCAACGUGAGCAGUGAAUUAGAUGCAUCACGCAUAAUUUUUUGCAGUCGUGUGUGCCACGGAAGUGUGAAAAUUGGCUGCUUCCUUAUUUUGAAGUAAUAAUAGAUCAAUCUUUUUUUUCCUUACCAGGCAUUGGUACGAAACCGUUUAACUACAAGUGGCUCUAAAUAGUUUUCCUUCAGCACAAGUGAAUGGAACGAGCAAUUUCUUGGAGAGAAGAACCUGCACGUCAUACUCAUCGUGUGCUGGGAAUGCACGAUGAAACGAUAAGAUUACUGCAAAACUGCGUGCUCACUGGCUCAUAACUCCAUGCUGAUAAAGCAAUUCUACUUGCUACGUUCUUCUGGACGCGUUGGAGCACAUCGUCAAAAUGCAAUUAGCUGACAAUGUCUUAAAAAGAGUGUGUAUAUAAGAGCCCUCCGUUGCUUAGUAUCAGCACAUCUCGAGUACAUCGAUCGACGAGACAACAUGCAAUCCCACCUACGCGGAGUAAUAACAUUCGUCAUCUUCUCUACCCUUUCGAUUGUCCUGAGUCGUCAGCAAUUCAACCUGCAACAACGGAUGGAAUUCUUGCCUUAUUGGUCACCAAGGCUUAAACCUGCCUUUAAUAUUUAUCAGCCACAAGAAAAUAAUGAAUUGAUGCACGAAUACGCGAACAUUCCGUUAGAAAGACGUGUACAGGACAAUCAACGUUUUCUCUUUGCCGCAACAUCCUUUUCUAAUCCAUUCUGGAGAACGAUUACGUUUACCAUAACUUCAACAGUCAACAUCACAAAUACCCAAAAUUGUAUUCCUUCAUCUCUAUUUUUUGCUGGCUCCACCAGUGUGUCUUGUCGUCGGAAGAAGCGUGGAAUACUCAUCGAUUCUUCGGAUGCACCCGAAGAGAAUUCUCAGUUCCCCGUCAAUCCUUCGAAACCACAGCAGUUGACAUCAACGACUAUCUCCCCUGUCGAACAAUUUACUAAAGAAAGCCAUCAGUUUCCGACUGUGUUGUCUUCGUCUAAAGAUGAGGUGACCCCUGAGGAAAUAUCACUGGAACGAGCGCAAUGGAGGAAGGCAAAACGAUUUCUCAAUCAAUUCAUAGUAUCGGUAACUGUUUAUUCCUAUGAACUUACAACUGUCUUGUCUACUAAAACUGUAUCGCCGAUCACAAUUGUCUCAUCACUUUUGUGUCGGCCAAGUGGUUACGCUGUUUGCUGAUGUAGCUGUACGUACACCUUAAUCGACUAGUUGAUGAAUUACUUAAUCACGUUAAUUACGAUUGAUCCUACCCUUGUUUAACAAUGUGCACGAUUCGUUAAUAUUUUAAAUUGCCUUUAUUUACUUGGUUAGUACAUGACUAUAGGUGCUGAAUUAACCAAUUCAUUGCAGUUAAUCUUUGUCCUCCACAACUCGAUAUCAGUACAGAAGUAAAUUAUGGCCGUUGAUCGUCAGGAACGUCUGAUUUGUGGCAGCCGCAAGUGUCUGGAAAAAUAUAACCCUUUAGUCGACUUGCUAAUUGCACUGCACCCGAAAAAUUAAAGUACUACGUACUGCAAGUUUGAAGAUUACCGCCUUUACAGCCUCGAAGAUCACACAAGUUUUCACCUCUCAAAUGCGGCAAAGAAACCCCAUUCCAAUAGUAUGGAUCGUUGUUGGUCAUCCAUUCCGGAGUGGAACUGCCAUUAUUUCGCAACCAAACUAAAUUACUCCAGCUAUCCAUAUGCUUAUUCGGGGAUCCUAUGUCACGUCAAACAUUUUUUUAAAGUAAUUUUCUUUUUUGUAAAUUGCAGUUUGUUCAAAUCACAUGCUCCUGGUACCUGGAUUGCGAUAAUCUUCAAAAUAGCAGCAAGUACCCGAGCCACCGUCAUCGUGGUAAGUUCCCUGACGUAACUUUCCAACGUACGCAACGGGAUGUGUGGACUCAAACACUUCGUAACGGCCAGGAUGACGAGUGUACCAACCUUCGUGCUGAUAGAACGUGACACGAUCGACUUGAUUGCCAUUCAGCACCUGCCAAAGUAGAUUUUGUUUUAGAUUUUUAAACAUAACAAAUCUCUUUUUGCUAAAUGUUUUUCAGUUACCUUGACAACGUAACGCCCCCAGUUGACGUCGUCGCCUGGAUCGCCUGGUAGCAUUGGGCAAUCGUCCUUGUAGCCGUAGAAAUACCAAUAGGAAAUGAUCAAAUCACUGUCACAUUGGGCAGCUUCGUAAUAUGCCGGUAUCCGACCGUCUAAAAUGCUAAUGUAGUCCAUGUUGCAUAUCUUUAAAAA